CUAGGUAGUGUAUAUUUACGGCUCACGUAACCUUGUUUUAAAUAUUAGCAGUUAAUAGCUUACUAAAUUGAUAAAAGCUAAGAAACUAAAUAGGUUUCUUAGAAUAUUCAUUUUCAAGAAGAAAAUUAUGUCGGAAAGCGGAGAUACCGAAGUAUCUUGGGUUUUCUAUAAAGAUAGACCCGAUUGGAGUGAUGUUACACCAGUACCUGAAGACUUCGGUCCGACUCCAGUGGUUGUGAUAGCUUACUCCGAAAAAUUUCAAGAUGUAUAUGAUUACUUCAGAGCCGUGUUAAAGUCGAAGGAACUGUCAGAAAGGGCACUACAUCUUACUAAGGACGCUCUUGAGCUCAACCCUGCAAACUAUACUGUUUGGCAAUACAGAAGAGAUCUGCUUCAAGCGUUAGGCACAGACUUACAGUCGGAAUUGGAAUAUGUUGCUUCUGUUAUCAAAGCGUCACCAAAGAAUUAUCAAGUAUGGAAUCACAGGAGAGUUUUAAUCGAAUGGCUACAAGAUCCUUCGUUGGAGCUAGAAGUUACUGGUAAUGCUCUACAACAAGAUCCUAAGAACUAUCACGCCUGGCAACAUAGACAAUGGGCUAUCAAGACAUUCGGACUCUUCGAUAAGGAGAUGGAUUUUGUUGAACAUUUGAUCAAUGAAGACGUUCGCAACAAUUCUGCGUGGAACCAGCGCUACUUCGUUAUGAAUAAUCACGUCGGCUGGUCAGACUUUAACGUUCAGCGGGAAAUCUGUUACGCUUUGGAAAAGAUUAAGCUCGUGAAGAAUAAUGAAAGCGCUUGGAACUAUUUACGAGGUGUCCUGCUCCAUGAUAAGUUGGGAGUCAGUGGAAAUGCAGUUGUGACAUCGUUUUGUGAAGAUCUUUAUAACACUAGUUGUCGUUCCCCAUACUUGCUUGCAUUCAUUAUAGAUAUUUGUGAAGAAAGUCUUAGAAAGGGAAACGCCAGCAGUCUGUAUAACAGUGAGAGGGCGAUAGACCUUUGUCAAGAGCUCGCCACCAAAUAUGACAAAAUCAGAUCAAAAUACUGGAACUUUUUUAGUCAAAAAAUUAAAAUUUUACAAAAUAAGAAUAAUGUGACUCAGUGGAGCACAAUGCUAAAUUGUGCUGAUGCUUAA